UUGUUCGCACCAUCCAAAGAAACAGAGAGUUUCAGCAGAGAAGCAGAACUCUAGAGCUCAAGCCAGCGUUUUGCCCUCUUCCCCCACCAUGGCUGCCAUGUGGUCUCCGAUCAUCGGUCUCCUGUUGCUCCUGCUUCCAUUAGCGCCCUCCUCCGCCUCCUACAUCAAGUACCCGCUCGAAGGCAAUGUCUACCCUACUGGCCACUUCCUUGUUACGAUGAACAUUGGUGAACCCCUGCAGCCCUACUCCCUGGACAUCGACACUGGCAGCAACGUCACCUGGCUGGAGUGCCAGCACCCACACCACCGCUGCCACGGAAGCCCGGGGGUAAAACGCUUUUACAAGCCAGGACCUGCCAACCUGAGGGUGGACUGUAAAGACCCGUUCUGUACUUCACUGCACGCAGACCUGCCUGGUAGGAGACCUCGAUGCCCAAGGAAACAUCCACAUGAGUGCCACUACGAAAUUGGGUACGUCGACAUGAGGACACAAGGUGUCCUCGUCAACGACACGAUCUCUCUCGGUGGGGGAAGAAAUGAGCUCAUUGUGUUCGGCUGUGGAUAUGACCAGAGACUCAAGAACUUGCCAGGACCGAAGCCAACGCCGGCGCCAGCAGCACACGGCCUCCUUGGUCUUGGGAUGGGAAAGGUAGGUUUCGUGGCGCAACUCAAGGCGCACGGGGUGAUCACCAAGGAUGUCAUUGGGCAUUGCCUCAGCAGCAGCAGCAGCAGGAAAGGAGGGGGCUACCUCUUCAUUGGGGACUAUGAUAAGUUGCCCUCCACCGGCAUGACCUGGGCACCACUGAAAAAAUACGGUCUUCACUACUCACCAGGCCAAGCAACGCUGCAUUUGGAUGGACAGCAGAUAUACGCAAACGGAAUGAACGUGGUCUUUGACAGUGGUGCUACCUACACCUACGUGCCUACCCAGAUAUACAAGCCCCUUGUCGCGAAACUGAAAGCUAUUAUUGGAAACACACUCGACCCGGUGCGUCAUCAUGCCCUUCCUAACUGCUGGAUGCGGAGAGGGACAGUCGAACCUUUCGACGACGUCAGCAGGCCGUCUGGGAUACUGACGUUGCGAUUUGACAACAACAUUGUCAUGACUCUUCUUCCCAAAAACUAUCUCAUCCGCGUGGAAAAUAACAUUGCGUGCUUGGGCAUCCUCAAUGGAUCUGACGUUGGUCAAAACGAGAGGAUCAUAAUUGGAGAUGCUACGAUGCGGGAUAUGCUUGUGGUAUAUGACAACGAGCAAGGGAGGAUUGGAUGGGCUAGCGGAGAUUGCAAAUACUCUGCUACCACUUCGCGUCUCUGAGCGAAGAAGUUUGCAGUGCUAUAGACUGCGCUACAAGAUAACCCCGUAGAUCGGAAGUGGGAGUAGAGAAGGAAUCAUAGCUGAACAUGAACGAAGGGAUGUUCUGAAAUCCUUUUAUAUGAUCCUCUUUCCCAUGAUAAUAAAAUAAAAUGGAGUCGUUUGGUACCA